AAUGAGCGCUUCCUUUUUAUUCUUGCUGGCACUUGUUUUAUCAUUCGCCGCCAUUGUCAGAGCUCAAGAUCUCCGGGCUCCCCACGGCCUUGCAUACCACAUCCCCGACGCCGCCGCCAUGUCGCCUGAAGCAUACGCCUUUUUCAACCCCGGAGAUGGGCGCCGUCCCAAGACUGCUGCCUCUGCUAAUGUCGCUUCUGCCUCUGCGUCCGGACACUUUCCGGCGGAGCAAUCAAUGCCGGUGGUGGCGCGAAACGCCGGAGAUGAUGGAGUAGCAGGAAUACUUAUCGGGUUUCUGUUUGUUGUGGUUGUAGCGUUGGGGGUUUACUUGUUAUUUCUGACGACACGGAAGCAGAGUCCAGAAGGAAAUGGCGGUCAACAAAUAAGAGUUUGAAGAGAAAAAUGGUGUAAGCCACACAUUUUGUAUAUCCUUCUAUCUCACGCAUAAAGUAUUGUUUGGGCACAGACAACUUUUUGUGCGUGAGACAGAUAAAUGUACAAAAAGUAUACACAAAAAUGUGUACAUCUAGCACAACUCGUUGUUUUGAGGGACAUGUCCCAUAUUGGUAAUGAUAAGAAGUUUAUAAGUUAUUUA